UACACACAAACACACAUACACACACAUAUCAGUCGGGACGAUUAGGUAUACGGUCAAGAAGGGUAUCUGUCUGUCGGGCAUUGAUAUUGUGCAGCGGGAAAAACCGUAGAGCUGAAUGGAAUCGAUUGAGGUUCAUUCAUGAACAUGUCACCCGCCACAGGGAUUCUACCUGCCUAAGCGUGGGAAACUUGAUCGCAGCCAGGAUCGUCACAUCAGGAGAUCGGAGAUCGGAGAUCGAUAGAUUGACCGGCAGGUAGACUGGUAGGAAUGGUAAACUGGGCUGCUCCGCAAUUGCGUCGGCUUGGUCUGUUGGGUUAUUUGUGCGAUUGUUGGGAGUUUCUGUUCAUGAAAAAGUCCCAAGUGGAAAACGACAAAUUUCCGGUUUUUUGGUCAUGCUCCUUGUAUUUCCCACGGCCCAAGACGAUUGGCCAACGUAUAAAACCAGGCCACAGGCUCCGAUCAGCAAUCAGUCGAUCCAACGACAGCACAGAGAUCACACACACAGAUCAUUAUGUUUCAUAUACUACAAAUACUACUGAGCAUUUCCAGCACGGCGAUUGCAGCCAAUAUUGCGGAGCCCGGAAAUUAUUAUCAAUACACACAGUUCCAGGCUCCGCUCUCCUGGGAAACCAUCAUCUCCAGCAGCCUCGAAAGCGCCAUCGACAGUUGUCAGCAGAGCUUCAAGUGGCAGCGUUGGAACUGCCCCAGUGGAGACUUCAUCGAGCGGCGUUCUUCCCCAACUGAAACCCGUAAAUUGGAUCGCGAGGAUGUCUAUGUGGCCAGCAUUUCCAUGGCUGCCAUAGUGCACACAUUGACCAGGGAUUGUGCGAAUGGCGUCAUCGCUGGAUGUGGGUGCAGUGAGAAUGCCAUGAACGUUCCCUGUGACCACGAGCCAGCCAAGGCAAUUGAGCUCUAUGAACAGCGCUUUGGCAUGGGAGCUGGUGUCAUUGGCCACAAUCAGCGGGUGGUUGCAGCUCUUCUAGAGCAAUCCUUGGAGCAUGAGUGCCAUUGCAAGCAGCAGGGUCCACAGGGCAACUGCCUGAAGGAAGAAUGCGUUAAGGUGUUGAAGCCCUUUGAAUCCCUGGCACAGGAUCUGCUGCUGAUGUACGACGAUGCCAUUCAGCUGGACUCGACCACCAGAAAUCUGAAGAUCAUGUGGCAGAACAUUCCCCUCGACUCGCUCGUCUACAUGGAGGACUCACCGAAUUACUGCGAGCCCGAGUCCAGCGGACGCUGGGCGGGCACAAGGGGACGACAGUGCACCAAGUUGAGUGGCAGCUCCGUCGAGGAGCGUCUCUCCUGUCAGCAACUGUGCCGCGUCUGUGGCUUCCGCGUUCGCUCCCAACACGUGCGCCACGAGCGCAGAUGCAACUGCAAGCUGGUCUGGGGAUUCCGAUUGCAAUGCGAUGUUUGCGUUCAACUGGAGCGACAACACAGCUGCUACUGAGAGAGAGCAGUCGAGAGAGUUACGAAGAGAGAAAGCGAGAGACUGACCAACUUGGGGCGCAGGUUGAGCCCGUAACAUUUACUAUUAGUUCUAAGUUUAUUUAUUUGUACCUAUUUAAAAUUUAUUGCUUAAACAAUAAG